AUGGAUAUUGCUUCUGUUCCGGCGGCGGUCGUGGUCGCGGGAUUGAACGGGGGAGGCGGCGCGAAAGUGGAGUCUGGGGAGGAGGAGAAGGGGGUGGAGAAGAGGAGGGAUGAGGGAGAACUGAAGUCAGUCUGGAGGAAGCCGACGCCUCCUCCUGCGGCUGACCCGGCGGCUGCUACUACGGAGGGGAAGAAGAUGGAGGGUGCGGUAAUGGGAUCUGAGUCUUGGCCCGCGCUCAAGGAUGCUACGUCGAAAGGCCAUUCAGACGCCGACACGAAGCUGGCUCCGGCAGCAAAGGCGUCAUCAACUGCAGCGCAUGUUGGUAGCGCUCCAGAAAAUGUAUCACCGCAUUCUCCCACUCCGAUGCAGGUUCAUACUACUGUCCUCUCACCCCGGAGUUGUUUUGCUUCUCUAGUCUACUCAAACAUUGUGAAUGGUAACUUAAUAAGGAAAGCCAUGUGGUGGACGAUUUGUUUUAUCCGAUGCUUGCAAAAAGUUAAAAUGACUUUUUAAGGUGGUCAGGGAACUUUGGAUUUGGAGGCUUGUGCUUUUAUCAAUCAGUUGCAUAGGAGAUUAAGAGAUUCUCGGUUGCUUUGGGGAUUGGAUGGGUUUGGAUUUUCUGUCGUUUUAUUGGAUAAUAAACGUAUUUUUCUUCUAGAAGUUGUGCGUGCAAAUAGAAACCCAAGUCGAGGCACAGCUACCAGCUUCCAAAAUUGAAAUGACAUAUUCCUUCCUGUGUCCUGAUCUCAUUCUUCUUGCUAGUCUGUUUUCACACAUCAUCUUUUGACGUUUUUUCAGACAUUUAAUAAUUCUUCAGAGAAGGAUCAUAUUUUGUCACAAGGUCACUAUGUAGCUAAUUUUUUCUCGCCAGCCUGUGAAAAGGACAGUGCAUAUGUAGCUGGUCUAGUUAAUCAUGUUGUUUUAAGCUUGACCAGUGUAUCCAUGCUAUUAAUGCUGCUCUAUGACACACUAUCAAAGUGCAAUUUAUCAAGAAAAACGGAGGUUCAUCCUUAUAAUCUCUUACUCCCACGAAGUAAACUCUUGAAUAAUUAAUUUUUCUUCUUUAUCCAUUAUGAAAUAAAAAAAGAGAAAAGAAAAAGUGAAGGACCCCAUGGAAUCAGUUAUAAUUCAUCAUCUUCUGCCUGUGUUUGGCUUCUUGAGAUGCUCAUUGGUCUUCCCAUUUGAGACAGAGGAAGUGGCAAUCGCUGGUGGAGGAAGAAGGAAAGUGAAGAAUAAAUUGACGAAUUAAUGAAAGGGAAAACCAAUAAAAACAGAGAAAACGAAUCUUCUCUAUUUUUUGCCUCUGGUUGCCUUGUGCUACUGCUUCCAUUUAACCUACUAUUUCCUCCUACAAAUUGGGUAAUGAUUAGACAUUGGGUUCUUUUUUCUUACAUGAUCUAGGAUGGGGGGGCAGUGGCAUUUUAAAAAAGAAGGCUUUAUUUUUUUUCGGUUAUAAUGCUCUUUUCUAUCAGCACUAAUUUCUGUUAGAUUUUAAAUUAGAGAAUGUUUCGUUGACGAAUUUUAGUUAAGAAGGCCUUUUCAUCAGAAUUGGUCAGUAUGGAUUAGAAUGGGCCCAGAAAAUCUGAAUACUAAUCGUACCCUAUCCAUCAUGAUUUCUUUGAUCUUUAUUGGUUUCUCUUCCUUGUUAUCUUCUGAAUUAUCCGUGAAGUGAUGAUUCAAUGUUUAUUGUUUAUGAUCUUUGAACCAUUUUUUGCUUUGCAACCAAUGUUCUGGUCGUACUGAAUUUUCUGGAAUAAUUUGUGAAUCCGUUGGCUUAAUAGUGCGAGCUAAUCAUUUGUUAGACAAAAAAAAUCUAGUUUUCUAUUUUGAUAAUGGAUGCUAGACUUUGUUCUCUCAGGGAUCUGGAGGUUUGCCUAAAUCAGAUGUUCUUGGAAACAAUAAUCUGUCGAAGCAUCAUUCACGUCAUCAUAAAAUCGGCUCAAAACAUGCAGCACCUCCCAAUAGCAUGCCACCUUUCCGUGUUCCUUUGGCUUACCCUCAGCCAUUGCCUCCUUUCUUCCAUCCUGUUGUAUCAGGACCGCAUCUCCCUGUUCCAGACUAUGGCUAUCAACCAUAUCCUCCACCUUUUCCAAACGUUGCGCCUCACAUGGUGAAUCCUGGAUGUGAGGCUCCUUUGCAGACUUUUGUUCCAUCUAACCCACCGAUGGUGGGAAAUGAAGCGAAUAAAAGCUUCCCACCUCCACCCCGAGGAGAUCCAGGUGUCUGGCAUAAUCAUGGUGGUGGCUACAAUAGUCAGCGACCUAAUGCACCAGAGUCUGGCCGUCGAUUUAACCAAGGCUGGCGUCAUCAGCGAGGAUUAAAUCCCAGAGACAACAUCAGCGCGCGGCCAAGUGUUGGGCGAAAGGCCUUUGCUAGACCAGUGCAACCAUUUUUCGGUCCUGCUCCUGGAUAUAUUAACGGGCCAGUAUUUCCGGGUAGGUACUCAUGUGUAAUUGAUUUAUCUCGGGUUCGCUAUUUUCUUCCACUAUGUUUUUAUGAAAUUAUUUUUAGUGAGUUUUGAUGUGUCUUAAUAUGAUCAUGCAACUUCCUAAAUUAUCAGUUUGCUUGCUUGUACUUGCAGGCCCAGCUCCAAUGUAUUACGCACCUUUUCCCUCAGAAGCUUUUAGGUCUCCAUCUUAUAUGCCAGCUAAUCCAUCACAUUCUGGGCAUCAUAGUUUGCCCUCAGAUGCUCUCAAUUUGAAGAAUUCCAUAGUUACACAAAUUGAAUACUACUUCAGGUUUGUCUGUGCUUCGGUUUGCUUGAUGAAGUCCAGACGUUUCUUGAUUGACAUCCAUAUAUUGAACCGCCCCAUUGUUCUGUUUCUGAAGACAAGACAUGAAUACUUAUUUGCAGCUAUUUGUUUAUGCCUUGAUAUUUUCCGUCUUAUAUUAUGCAAACCUUCGUUCAUUCCUUUCUCUUUUUUUGUUAACAAUUUUUUCUUCCUUGCAGUGAUGAAAAUUUAGAGACAGAUGGUUUUUUGCUUUCCUUAUUUGAUAGUGAAGGAUGGGUCCCUGUCUCCAAAAUUGCGGACUUUAAGAGGGUAUGGCAAGUUUUUUUUUCUUGGAGUCAGUUAUUAGGUUUCGUGCUCUGCUAUGUUCUAAUAUGUCGCAUUUGAGCAUUGAUUAUGGUGUGAUUCAGGUUCGGAGCAUGACAACAAGCAUUGGUUUUAUUCUGGAUGCUCUGCAGACUUCUGCUCUCAUUGAAGUCCAGGUCGGAAUUAAAUACCUCCAAUGCCUGAUACCUUGGACUGCUUUUACAUUUCUAUUCAUUCGUUUGGUUGUUAUCACUUUUUUAUGUUUUUUGUUUCGAUCUUGUCAAAAGGGAGACAAGAUAAGGAGGCGUAGUGACUGGUCAAAGUGGCUCUCAUCGUCAGAAAGUCAAGCACCUCAAUCGAAACAUCUGGCAUCUGAAUGUCUGGAAAAGACAGCUCCUGCCACUUUGGGGAGUAGUGAGGUAUGCGAGAAUGAUUUCUGUGACAAAGGUGAAGUGAGGGAAUUGGUAACUAUUAAUGAAGAUGAGGCUAACAAGGAACAGUUAGUUAAGCAUAUUUCAAUCGCUGAUGAAUGUAAAGCCUACAAUGGAGCAACUGGGGAUUCAAAUGAGAAAUCUGUAUCUGUUGCAAGUGAAGAUAUCAAGUUAGCUGAACCUGGUGUUUACAUGCCUGGUAAGCACUGCUUACUGCGGUGUUAAUAGUCUGCAAAAUUGUGUUGUUUGUCAAUGCCCUCAGGAAUGGGUAAAGCCUUUAAAAUGACGCUUAUCCUGAUCUCAAUAAUGCAGUGUCUGUAUCACAUCAAAGUGGAACCAAGAAACCUGGGGGUCUCUCAAAUGUAUUUGCGCUCGAGCCUUCUGAUUCAAGCGAUCAGAGCACAUUCAUGCUUGAUGAGGAGCUGGAGUUUGAUCAUGGAGAGCUCCAGAGGAAUACUGCCUCGUCUCUGAAAAGGUAUCUUGCUGGAUUUUCUUUAUUGUGGAUUUGUUAAACAAGCAAAUAUUCUAUGAUCUCUGAAAGGGUAUCUAUUCCAUACUGAGGAACUAUGCUUAUCCAAACUACCAAUAUAGUUAUUAAAAUGUCAGCCAUAGGUUCAAUGGGAUUUGGUUAAGGCUUUUUGAUGAGAAAUGCCCUGAUUACAUGAAAUUAAGUUAUGCGAAUGUUUCCUUUGGGUAUUGUUGAUUCAGAUGUCUAUUAGGUCUGUGGCAAUUUAAACAAACUCAUUAAGAUAAGUAUGGGUUCAUCAGCUAAAUCUUGACCCAUAUUGAUUGUAGUCAUUGAUAAGUACAUGGUUCAGAAAAUUAAUAAGUUUUAUUAACUUCAUCUGAAUGAUAACCAAUAUUAUUUCUAUGAAGUAAGGCCUUGUUUGUAGUUACCUUACUAGUAUGAGUAUUUUCAUAACUUUCGGGAUCUGGAUAAACUUUAUGAGCUCAUGAAUCUUUGAUAAUUUUGCGUUUAUUAGUAUUCGUGACAUUGUUAUUUUCACUGGACUUGGGUAUAUCUAAUCUAAUCGCUACAUAAAAUAAAUCUUUAUCAUUUGUGAAGACCGACUCUUCUGUGUACAGAGUUUCCUUGGAAUUGUGGAUGACACACAUGUGGGUGAUCCUUAGUUACUUGUGGCCCGAAUUGGUGAUAGUGCAUGUGGCUGCAACUAAGUUAGGGGAUUUUUGCUCCCCGAUGAUUCAUCUCUACUUCAACCCUCAUUCCCCUCUGGAUUUCUUCCUUCUGCUUCACUUCUCAUCCCUGCUGGUAGGAGAUGGGCCUGAUCCAGUAAGGAUAGAGACAUCCUGGAGGUUGAUUGUAGAAGAAACAAGACUGGCGGACAAGCAGCCGUGAGGCAGGGGCCCUGCUUGAGCUUCUUAUGCCCGAACUAGUCAUCAUGGUGGCAAGACCAAUCUCACGUGAUCUGUUGCUUAAAUGGUUACCAAUUCACUGAAACAAUGUGGUGUUAUCUGAUGAUCACGUGACAAUUUUCUUUUUGGAUUAUUUUUUAUCAGGAUUCUAAUUUAUUUUUUAUGCAACACAUGUUCAUAUUGUGAGUUGAGUGAUGUGGUUAUCUUCUUACUAUUUGCUAUUCUUUUUUUGGCGCCAUGCAUAUUAUGCCACGCGUAAUUCUCAUACCAGCUUUCAUAUGUGGAUAAGAGUGUAGGAAUUUUCCAUUUUCUAUGCCUGCCUAUGUUGAGAAUUAUGACAUACGUUCCUUUUACAUUUCAACCUGUAAUCCAUAUAGAAACAAUGGAAUUUCAUCCCAUUGUCUUAUGAUGCUGCACACUUUUGAUAUGCAGGAUUGAUGAUGAUGAGGAUGACAUAGAUGUCACCGACGAUGACAUGCAUAAAUUAAUAAUUGUUACACAGGUGAGACGGUCCAUACAUAAAAAGCUUUGUAGAUGCUAGAAUGUCAAAAGCCUUGGUGAAAUUCAUUCUCACUUUGCUCUAGCCGAUAUCCUACGUCCAUUGGGAUCACUUAUGUUUCUCUAAUAUAGUGUCAAAUACAAUGACACAUGGUGUAGCACCCCUAUUUCUGAGAGACUCUCACUCCCUCUCCCUCCCUCCCCUAUUCCCCUCUCUCUCUCUCUCUCUCUCUCUCUCUCUCUCUCUCUCUCUCUCUCUCUCAACCAAUGCGAAAGGAGGUGGACAGGUUGGAAUAUACGUAUGGAGUGCUCUUGCAUUUGUGUGCCUGUGCCCAAUGUGACCUCGCCCCUUUUUUGUCCAAUUCCAUCAAUAGGCUUGUAAAUAGAAAAUUAGACUUGAUGCUAUUAAAAGGGCAUUCUGCCAAUCCCUCUCUCUCUCUCUCUCUCUCUCUCUCUCUCUCUCUCACACACACACACACACACACACACACACACUUUUUCUCACCAUGUAGUGCAGUACGUGCAUUCCCUUUCCUCUCUACCUUGGUGUCACUUUCUUGUUUGCUGGCAAUACCAUAGCAACGUUUGUGAUCUCUGGAGAUGGUAGUUACAUGGCCCUUGCUGAGGGCCAUUCAUGUUCCUUAACCACUGGACUUUUUUUUGUCUACUCUAAAAGCCUCUAUGCAUGUAUUGGCAGAUCAUUUUCUACCUAAUUGCUAUGGAGUGACCGGUAAUUGAUCAUUAGUUUUAAAUAAUUUCCUCAUCAGUUCUGCUAAAAUGAAGAACUCCAUCUGUUUCUGGCGAUUUGCAGGAUACCAGGAUUGAUAAUGAUUGUAUUGUUAGAGAAUCUGAACCAAUAUCCAGUGAACUUGCUACAGCGAUAAACGAUGGCCUUUAUUUCUAUGAGCAGGUAUCUAGGCAUGAUGUACUUCUGAAACUUGUUAUCGAUUAUAACACCGUCUAUUUUCAUCUUUUAUUCCUUUCUUUUCUCUUUCAAGAUACAUGUCUUGUACCCUAUGGCUCAUCUAUCACUUGCAGGAGUUGAAGGCAAAGAGAUCUCAAUGUCAAAGACAUACAUCUGGAUUGGAGAUGAAGGGUGGAGACUCAAAAUCUUUGACUACUUGUCAAACAUCUGUGAAUUUGAAGACCAACACAAGUACUGUUGGGAAUAAUGGCUCUGAAAGCCAUCGACAUGCUAAUUCCCGAAGGUGGCAAAUGAAAGGCAGUAACAAGGGAGGUCAGUCUUCCCAAAAACAACGGCUUUUUCCUGGUAAUUUCAGGAAUUAUGGUAGUGGACGCAACCGCUUAGGCAUUGUAUCUGAAAGCCCGCCAAGCAAUUCUGUUGGGUUUUUCUUCGGCUCUACUCCACCGGAGAGUCAUGGGUGAGCUGUUGUUUACAUUUUCUUCAUACAUUAUUUUACAUCGCUGUUUUCCAUUAACCGAGUGCAUGUACAUACCAUUUUUCAGCCCUUUGUCUUUAAAGUUAAACGGGUCACCUCGUGGAAUACUCUCUGCUAGCAGUCCACCAGUGGGCUCUCUACCAAAAUCUUUCCCGCCGUUUCAGCACCCAAGUCAUCAGCUUUUGGAAGAAAAUGGAUUUAAGCAGCAGAAGUAAGUGGGAAUUUGCCAUCCCUGAUUUGAAAAACAAGUUUUUCAUUGAUGUUUCUUUGCAGGUACCUGAAGUUUUAUAAACGUUGUCUAAAUGACCGCAAGAAAUUGGGAAUUGGCUGCAGCGAGGUGAGCCAUAGUUCCUGCCGCACAUCUUUUCGAACCUUGACACGAAGCUUCUUUAGAUGAUCUUGACUCUUGUAGAAGCAAUUUUAUUUUCUGGUCAAUGAUGUGUGUAGAAAGUCCUCAUGUAGUUCAGUGGUGAACACGUAUAUAAACCGCAUUGCCAGGAAGGAAAAGACUUCAGAUAUUUUAUAUUGACCAAGAGGAGAGAAGGGGAGAGCCUACUGGGCCGGUCCAUAAAUUGCUUCUCAUUCACCCAGAGAUUCACUCUCACAUAAGACUGAAUAUCGACCGAUUUAUUCUAUGUUAUAAUGAGCUCACCAGCACUAAUCAUCUGUCUGAUAACAGCGUACCCAAUAUUUCCCUAGAUUUCUUGCAUCGGGGGAGAUUACUUCAGAAUAUAUGCUAGAUUCCUGUAAAACAUCCCUUAGUUCAAUAAUUAGGAUAUUAUGAGUAAAAUAACUUGUACAGUUGCCCUUUUUUUGCGUCCUUGAAAGCAUAUAGUUCUUGAAUCUCAAAGUUCAUUACUUGUACUUGCAUAAAACAGAGAUGAGCAUUGGCAUUGUCCUCUGGGAUGAGCAUUACUUCCGAGUUUGGUAGCCCUGCUGAUGUAAUUAUCACCCGCGAAGAUGCCAGGUGCUGAAUGUUUCUGCUGGUUUGUUGAUGUAUGCAGGAAAUGAACACACUCUACCGAUUUUGGUCAUUCUUUUUGCGAGAUAUUUUUGUUCAUUCAAUGUAUGAGGAAUUUCGGCGACUAGCUCUGGAAGACGCAGAAGCUAAAUAUAAUUAUGGAAUUGAGUGCCUUUUCAGAUUUUACAGGUGACUAUAUAUAAUCCGGAAGAACCCCAGAAAAAAAGUGAUUUUUUUUGCUGAUGUAAAUCCAUAUUUUUGUUGGUAUCUGUCUAGCUAUGGCUUGGAGAAGCAAUUCAAUGAAGAUCUGUACAAUGACUUUGAGCAGCUUACACUUGAGUUCUACCACAAGGGCAAUCUAUACGGACUCGAGAAAUACUGGUAUUCUACCUUUUUCUGUCACUCAUUAUUAUUAUUAUGUCUAUUUAUCUCUGCUUUUGAUGAGAAAUGCAUGUCUCGUGAUGUAAUUCUUGUUUCUUCCCGAUUUAAUGAUCUUGUUUAAAUAUAAAAAAAUAUGUUUUAUUUCGACCAAUGAUCUUUUGCCCGUCUGAUUCGCCCUGGUUUUGACAGGGCUUUCCACCAUUAUCGGAAGAUCAGAGACGACCGCAAGGAGCCUCUCAAGGACCCGGAGCUGGACAGGCUUCUGAGGGAGGAGUACCGCAGCCUGGACGAUUUCAGAGCCAAAGAGGCCGCGGAUAAACCGGCCGUCAAAGACUGA